CUAUCAGAUCAGUGAUUCUGCCCACUUUCCCUCUGCGCAAAAUAAAGCGCCAGAAGCGGUGGAAGUGGGGAGCAUCUCCACUGAGGCGCCGAGCGAGUGCAUCACUGGUCCGCAGCAGCUUCCUGGUAACAUGCUGGCCGGACAGUGUGACAAUCACUCCAAAGUUCUGCUGGUUUGCAAACACGCCUCGCAGCACCUGCACUCGUCUGGAAUCAAAGCGAGUUUGGGGAUUCUUAAAGAGGCCACAUCUCAGUGGAAACAGGAAAAGAAGACGCGCACCGGCGCAUCCGUCAUGCAGCUGUCCAAUGCAAACAGCCCGCAUCCGUGCAAGAGAUCCCCUCUGGACCAGUUGGCAGCUGUAGUACAUGGUCAGACCCGCCACUGUCGACUCACUCAGGGGCACCGACAAGACCCGCUGUACAUCACCAAGCCGCAGAACUGUAAGCGCAUCGUGGUGCUCGGUGCACCGCGCGUCGGGAAGACCUCCAUCCUGAGAAGAUACCUCCGAGAUGGAUUUGUGGAGGACUAUAGUCCAACCUCUGAGGAUUUUCUCAGAAAGUUGUUUCGCAUCCGAGGGGAGACGUACCAGAUAGACAUCCUGGAUGCGUCCAGGGAGAGGGACUUCCCGGCAAAGAGACGUCUCUCCAUCCUCACUGGAGAUAUCUUUUUACUCGUAUUCAGCCUAGAGGACAGGAGCUCCUUUGAGGAGGUGUGUGACCUGCGAGAUGAGAUUUUAGCUGCCAAAUCCAAACUCACAAAAUUCCCGGUGCCGGGGCACUGCGCGCAACUGCGGGUUCCGCUGGUGGUGUGCGCCAACAAGGUGGAUCUCCCGGACUCUGAGAGACAAGUGUCAACCGCAGAGGUGCUCCGAGCACUCGGCGAGGACUGCGCCUAUUUUGAAACAUCCGCAAAGGACAGCACUAAUCUCGAAAAGGUCUUCGAGACUUUGGCAAAGCGGGGCGGUCUGCCGACGGAAACCGGUCCGUCUCAGCACCGCAAAGUGUCCCUCCGGUCGUACCAGGCCAUGCGCACGGAGCUCGCUGCGUGGAAGGGGAGACAGGUGGCGGGACGAGAUGAUCCCUGUGGCACCCUGUACCCGCUGGCCCGUCGGCCGAGCUUCACAACUGACCUCAGACAAGUCACCGGACCGGCCAGGAAGUCUGGCAAGGGACUGGAGAGGUGCCACAUCCAGUGAGGCGCAAAAAGGACUAAAAUAGCGCAAAUGGACACUUGUGGAACAAAAAUGCACUUCUACUAAACUUUUUAAAUAAAACUAUUCAAAAAGAA